CGACGGCACCACCAUCCAGCGAAAGAAAAUGCUUCUCAAUGGAACCAACAUCGCCAUGGUAAGUCCCUUUCUUCUCUCUUCCUUCUUUCCUCUUCCCUCUUCUCUUCUCUUCCGGUCUCCUACUAACCGCCAUUCUGCAGUUGAUUCCUGGAGGCAAACAAUAGCCCCAGCAGAUAGUUCCUCUGCUUCUUCAAACCCUCCUCCAAAGUCAGACUCACGCCUUUCUUUUCCCUCUCCAUUGCUUGCUGCUGUUUUUCUCUCCCUUCCGUGCCGGGCUUUCUCUUUUCUAUAUAUUCUCCAAUCCAACUAUAUACUUAUCAAUAUAAUCUUAUAUCUGCACCAUCUCUUAAUACAGUUAUAGUUGUCAUUGCAAUAUCUCCAUUCACUCAAAGAUGUCUUCCUACAACUUUCCUGUAAUACCAAACCAAUCUCGAAAAAAGUCCUCUUCUCGCUCACUCUCAAUCAACAACCUCAAUGCCUCUCUAAACAACAACAACAACUCUCUAAAUUUAUGGAAACUCCUACUAAAAGACAUUGGAAUUGUCAAUUCUUCAUCGACUAUCCAAACCAAUUCUCCCAAUAACAACAACAACAACAACAACAACAACAACAACACUAACGAGAACCAGCUAUCCCAUCUUCUAAACCAAAUCAUAAACUUCAUCUUAACCCCAAUUCACCUAGAGAAAUUCAUGCUCUUUGGCUUCCUUUAUUGCUUGAAUGACUUUUUAUUCUUUUUCACAAUCCUACCAAUAAAACUAUUCAUUCUCUCCAUAAAACUCCUCCUUUGUUUCAAUCUCAACUUCAUCUUCCAAAAGAAAAACUUAAACCUCAUCCUUAUCUUCCUAAUCAUCUUGUCAACUCUAUCUCUCCUAAUCCAAAAAUUUGAUACUUCAAAGAUCUAUCAUGACAUCAAAUCUCAAGCCUCAAUCAAAUUAUACGUCAUGAUAAAUGUUUUGGAUGUAGCAAAUAAAUUACUAUCUUCAAUUGGUCAAGAUUUUCUAAAAUUCCUCUUUCUAUUUGAUUUCAAUACUUACAAUCAUAAUAACAACACUCCCAAACUAUCUAAUAGUAAAAUAAUAACCUUCUCCUGCAAUCUCACCCUUUUCUUCUUCUUCUUCCUCCUAUCAAUCUUCUACCUAUACUGCCACUCAAUCGUCCUCAUCUAUCAAACCCUCUCUCUUAACGUUGCUGUAAACUCCUUCUCAAAUGCCCUCCUAACUCUCCUCUUAUCCUCUCAAUUCAGCGAAAUCAAAUCUUCCGUAUUCAAAAAAUUCGACAGAGAAGGUCUAUUCCAACUAUCCUUCUCUGACCUAACUGAAAGAUUCCAUCUCUUCACCCAAUUGUUCAUCAUCGCCCUCAGAAACCUAAUUCAAAUCAACCUUCUAUCAAAUAACCACUCAACCUCUAUUGGCAUACUACCCGAUACCUGGAAAAAAUAUGGCAACUUCUCUUCUCUAAAUAUCCUACUUGGCCCUUCGAUCUCUGUAAUCCUCUCCCAAAUCUUUAUCGACUGGCUAAAACACUCAUAUAUAACUAAAUUCAAUAAAAUCACCCCCAUCGUUUACGAAAAAUACCUAAACGUCUUAUCAAACGACUUUUACCAAAUCUUCAUAAACUCAAACUCAAACAACACCUCAACCACCCAAACUGAUUUGUCAACAAGAACUGGCCUACCCUUGAAUGCUCUCAUUGUCACUUUCAUCACAAUGGCCCUCCCUUCUUUCAAUUUCUUUUUUUUUAAUGAUAAUAUAACAAAUAACUUCUCCAAUCCAGAUACCGUUCUAUACAACUUGAAAUUGAUCAAUUACAACUUGUCUCGAAUCAAUACUAAUACUAAUACCAAUACCAGAAACAGAAACAGAAACAGAAACACUCUCCAAAAUACCUUGUUUUCUAAUUGGAUAAAUAAAAUUUUCUUCAACAAAUCUCUCCCCAACAACAUCAACUUAUUUCAUAUAAACAAAUUCUUUAUCGACCUAAUCGAUUCAAAUCCAAUUUAUUUUACCAAAUUCCCAUUCUUAAAAACAAUUCUACUAAAUAUCUUAAACAUCCUCAACAACUUGACUUUUUCCUCCUACUUGUUCCUAUUUCUAUCUUUCUUGACUCUAGUUUUAUUCAAAUUAAUCAUCUCUGUCACUCUUAUUAUAUGGUCAAACUCAAGGAAAAGAAAAAUCGUCAUUAAAAAUAAAUUCAAAAAAUUAUCUCUACCCAAUAUCAACUAUUUAAGUAAAAACUCAAUCAAAAAAAGAACCUCUUUUAAUGAAAAUUUCGAAUUCACCAAUCCUCCUUCACCUCCAAAGACCCCAAUAGCCACUAGCGCUUCAAUAAACGAUAAUGAAACUCAAAACAAUAUCUCAAUUCAAAAUAAUAUUCUAAUUAACAACGAUCCAUUGGAUAGUAAUCCAAAUUAUACAUACGACACCAACGACAAUAACUACAAAAAAAAUAUAAUUUUAUCACCAAUCCCAGUUAGAUCACCUGGUCCUACAGCAAUAUUCGAUAAACAUCAACACAGUAUCAAAAACAAAAACGACUUGAAAGAAGAAAUUGAAAACGAAUUGAAGAAAAAUGAUUUCAAGAAAAAUGACUUGAAAAGACAAUACGUUCCUGGAAUACUUUGUCAAGGAAUGGCUAACUUAAACUAUGAAGAUCGAGAGAUAAUAUAUGAUGACUUUAUUGAACCAGGAAAACAAAUUCCUUUAAGUAAUGAUGAAAAAAGACUUAAAAAGGAUAUUAAAAAUGAUUAUGGAAGUUUAAAUGAUGUUGUACGAUAUAAAAUGUGUUCUAAAAAAAUUUGGUAAUUUUCAUUUUUUUUUUUUUUUUUAAUUUGUU